GCGCGCCGGACGCGGGAACGAGCGGCUGGCGAUGGGGAGGCUGGGGUCGCUGUUGCUGCUGCUGUCGGGAGGGCGCCGCCGCCGCGCCUGGCCUCUCCCCGGGCGCCUGCCCCGCCCCGGCCCCGGGCGGGGAGAGAGGACGGGCGCCGCCUCCGUCCGGUCGCGGGCCCCUGCCUUCUGCUUGGCGGCGCCGAGGUGGCCUCCGCUCCCGCUGCCCCCGCGCGUGCCCGCUCCGAGCUGGGCCUGCGGGCGCCUGUGCAGUACGCGCGCCGCCCGGAGCGAUGGCGGCCAGGACGAGGAGGCGCCGCCGGCGCUGCACAGGCUGGUCAGCCACCCCGAGAGCAUCGCAGGCUCCUCCUCCACUCACGAGUUCCAGGCCGAGACUCGGAAGCUGCUGGACAUCGUGGCCCGCUCCCUGUACUCAGAGAAGGAGGUGUUUAUUCGAGAGCUGAUCUCUAAUGGCAGUGAUGCUUUGGAAAAGCUGCGCCAUAAAUUGAUGUCUGAAGGGAAGGAUCUGCCAGAACUAGAGAUUCAUCUUGAGACAGACUCCAAGAAGGGAACUCUCACCAUCCAGGAUACGGGCAUUGGGAUGACUCGGGAGGAGCUCCUGUCCAAUCUGGGCACCAUUGCGCGGUCUGGCUCCAAGGCAUUUCUGGACAUGCUGCAGAACCAGGCGGAGGCCAGCAGUAAGAUAAUUGGCCAGUUUGGAGUGGGUUUCUACUCAUCGUUUAUGGUGGCUGAUCGGGUUGAAGUUUUUUCACAGCUAGCAGCACCAGGCAGCCCUGGCUACUGCUGGUGCUCGGAUGGCUCAGGGACAUUUGAGCUAUCUGAGGCCUCUGGGGUUCAAGCUGGAACCAAGAUAGUUCUCCAUCUCAAGAAGGAGUGCAUGGAGUUUGCCAGUGAAGAUCGAGUCAGAGAUGUCAUCACUAAGUACAGCAACUUCAUCAGCUUUCCACUCUACCUGAAUGGGCAGCGUGUGAACACCUUGCAGGCUCUCUGGAUGAUGGAGCCCAAGGACAUUGGGGAUUGGCAGCACAAGGAGUUCUACCGCUUCAUUGCCCAGUCCUAUGACGAGCCUCGCUAUAUUCUCCAUUACAAGACAGAUGCGCCACUCAACAUCCGCAGCAUCUUUUACGUGCCAGAGAUGAAGCCUUCCAUGUUUGAUGUCAGCCGUGAGCUGGGCUCCAGUGUCGCGCUGUACAGUCGCAAGGUGCUAAUCUUGACCAAAGCCACUGAGAUUUUGCCCAAGUGGCUGCGCUUCUUGAAAGGGGUUGUGGAUAGUGAGGAUAUCCCAUUGAACCUCAGCCGGGAGCUGCUGCAGGAGAGCACCCUGAUCAGGAAACUCCGCGAUGUCUUACAGCAGAGGCUGAUCAAGUUUUUCAUAGAGCAGAGCAAGAAGGACCCUGAGAAAUAUGCCAAAUUCUUUGAGGACUUUGGCCUCUUUAUGCGUGAGGGGAUUGUCACGAUUGCUGAGCAGGAGGUCAAGGAGGAGAUAGCCAAACUGCUGCGCUAUGAGUCCUCCACGCUGCCACCUGGCCAGCUGACCAGCCUCUCAGAAUAUGCCAGCCGCAUGCCUGCCGGCAGCAGGAACAUCUAUUACUUGUGUGCCCCCAAUCGCCACUUGGCUGAGCACUCCCCAUACUAUGAAGCCAUGAAGAAGAAGGAUGCUGAGGUGCUGUUCUGUUACGAGCAGUUUGAUGAACUGACGCUCCUGCACCUGCGCCAGUUUGACAAGAAGAAGCUGAUGUCUGUGGAGACAGACAUCGUUGUUGACCACUACAAAGAGGAGAAGUUUGAGGAGCAUCGUCCAGCGGAAGAGUGCCUGAGUUCCCAGGAUGCAGAGGACCUCCUGGCAUGGAUGAGGAAUGCCCUUGGCUCUCGCGUAGCCACGAUCAAGGUGACUCCGCGUCUGGAUGUGCAUCCAGCCAUGAUUACCGUGCUGGAGAUGGGCGCUGCUCGCCACUUCCUGCGCAUGCAGCAGCUGGCCAAGACCAGUGAGGAGCGAGCCCAGAUGCUGCAGCCCACACUGGAAAUAAAUACAGGGCACGUGCUGAUCAAGAAACUCAACCAGUUGCGCUUGAAGCAGCCUGAGCUGGCCCACAUGCUGCUUGACCAGAUCUAUGACAAUGCAAUGAUAGCAGCAGGACUGAAUGAUGACCCCAGGCCGAUGGUGAACAGACUGAAUGAUCUCCUUGCCAAAGUUCUGGAGAAGCAUUGAAACCAUGGCCCAAAAGAAUCGAGAGCCCGCAGCUCUGGUACAUCCUGGGAGGCUGCCUGCUGUCCGAAGAGACAAUUUAGCCCAAAUAGUUGGCCUGUUUUUUCUGGUGUUUUUGUGGAAGCAGCUCAGUUCCCAGGUGGUCCUGAAAACAUUCUGCUAAAAGAGCAGGGAUGCAUCAUAUGGGAAUGUCUUCCAUUUUAAAAUGUGUUAUAUGGUUGAUUGUACUGCGGGAGUCCCUGUGUUAUGGAAAACUGGCUUUCAGAGUCUUCCAGAGCCAACAGGUAUUCAGUCUUUACUUUGAGCAAGGUUGCCUCUGGACCGCUUGUCCUGUCAUCAGCCUGUCCUGAGCUCGCUUUGGCGGUUUGUGGAUGGUUUCCGUGGGGGAUGGGGCAGGCUGCUCUAGUCUUAGGUAUACCCAACUCAGCAGGCCCUAGCUGUGCAAAAUACAUCUGUAUUGAUUGAAUACACAUUCUCCUUUUAAAACA